AUGUCGAACGUUUUCUUUCCCUUCUCCAAGGCGCCUUUGCGCACCAUUAAGGAGAUCCAGUUUGGUCUUUUCUCUCCGGAGGAAACCAAGCGCAUGAGUGUGGUUCACGUCGAAUACCCGGAAACAAUGGAUGAGCAACGCCAACGACCACGGACCAAAGGUGUUAAUGACCCGCGCUUGGGUACUAUCGAUCGUCAGUAUAACUGCGAGACUUGCGAAGAAGGCCCCAAGGAGUGUCCUGGUCACUUUGGCCACAUCGAACUAGCCGCCCCAGUAUUCCAUAUCGGCUUUUUGACCAAGAUUAAGAAGAUCCUGGAGACUGUCUGCCACAACUGUGGAAAGAUCAAGGCCAACGCGGCGGAUCCUAAGUUUAGAGAAGCUGCGCGCAUGCGAGACCCCAAGCGACGUUUCGAUCACAUUUGGAGACUUUCCAAAGAUAUCCUAGUUUGCGAAGCCGAUCCGACACCCGACGAUGACGAUUAUGAAAAGGGAGGCGAGAAGGAGGUAAACAGACACGGUGGCUGUGGUAAUGCUCAACCCACCGUUCGCAAGGAGGGUAUCACCCUUGUGGGCUCCUGGAAGCCUAGCAAGGCCAUGAUGGAAGACGAAAUGGCUCAGCCAGAGAAGAAGGUCAUUACACCUGCGAUGGCUUUGAAUAUCUUCCGAAACAUCUCAACCAGGGAGGUUGAUGUCAUGGGUCUGAGCAACGAUUAUGCUCGCCCCGAAUGGAUGGUUCUCACAGUUCUUCCAGUCCCCCCUCCGACCGUUCGCCCCAGUGUCAUGAUGGGUGCCACAAGUGGCUCUCGUGGUGAGGAUGAUCUGACUUACAAGCUGGCUGAAAUUGUCCGCGCCAACCAGAAUGUUCAACGUUGCGAGCAAGAAGGUGCCCCGGAGCACGUCAUCCGCGAAUUUGAGUCCCUCCUGCAAUAUCAUAUCGCAACUUACAUGGAUAAUGAUAUUGCUGGUCAACCCAAGGCGAUGCAGAAGGGCAACCGUCCAGUCAAGGCCUUGCGUAGCCGCUUGAAAGGAAAGGAAGGUCGUCUACGUCAAAACUUGAUGGGAAAGCGUGUUGAUUUCUCUGCACGUACCGUCAUUACUGGCGACCCCAACUUGUCUCUUGAUGAGGUUGGUGUGCCUAUCUCGACAGCACGAAUUCUCACCUACCCAGAGGUGGUAACUCCAUACAACAUCGAGAAGCUGCAAGCUUUGCGUAUUGAUCUUCGUCACGCCAAGCGUGCUGGUGCGCAGCAGCUUCUCUACGGCUGGAAGGUCGAACGUCACAUUGAUAACGGCGAUGUCAUUUUGUUCAAUCGUCAGCCCUCUCUUCACAAGGAAUCCAUGAUGGCUCACCGCGUCCGCGUCAUGCCAUUCUCGACUUUCCGUCUCAACUUGUCAGUCACCACUCCAUACAACGCCGAUUUCGACGGCGACGAAAUGAACUUGCACGUUCCACAGAGCGAAGAAGCCCGGGCCGAGCUUUCUGAGCUUGCCCUUGUUCCAAAGAACAUUGUGUCCCCCCAACGUAACGGCCCUCUUAUGGGUAUCGUGCAGGACACUUUGUGUGGUGUCUACAAGAUUUGCCGUCGUGACACUUUCCUGACCAAGGAUCAAGUCAUGAACAUUAUGCUCUGGGUCCCUGACUGGGACGGAAUCAUCCCCGCUCCCGCCAUUCUCAAGCCCCGUCCUCGCUGGACCGGAAAGCAGAUGAUCAGUAUGGCCUUCCCCACUGGUCUCAACCUCCUCCGUAUCGACAAGGACAGCUCGCCACUCUCCGAGAAAUUUAGCCCUCUUAAUGACGGUGGCCUGCUGAUCCAUGGCGGACAGUUGCUCUAUGGUAUGCUUUCCAAGAAGACCGUCGGUGCCAGCGGUGGUGGUGUGAUCCAUACCAUCUUCAAUGAAUAUGGCUGUGAUACUGCGGUCAAUUUCUUCAACGGCUGCCAAACCAUUGUCAACUACUGGUUGCUGCACCACGGAUUCAGUAUCGGUAUCGGUGAUACGAUUCCCGAUCAGAACACGAUCAACAAGAUCGAAGACGCUGUUCGUGAGCGCAAACAGGAAGUCGAUACCAUUACUGCCAGCGCUACCGAGAACACUCUCGAAGCUCUGCCCGGUAUGAACGUCCGUGAAACCUUCGAGAGUAAGGUUUCCCGUGCUCUUAACAACGCCCGUGACGAAGCUGGUGCUGCUACCGAAAAGAGUCUGAAGGAUAUCAACAAUGCAAUCCAGAUGUCUCGCUCUGGUUCCAAGGGUUCGAUUAUCAAUAUCUCACAGAUGACUGCAGUUGUGGGUCAACAAUCCGUUGAAGGAAAGCGUAUCCCAUUCGGUUUCAAGUAUCGCACAUUGCCGCAUUUUACGAAGGAUGAUUACUCUCCUGAGUCUCGAGGAUUCGUCGAGAAUUCCUAUCUCCGUGGUCUCACCCCCACUGAGUUCUUCUUCCACGCUAUGGCUGGUCGUGAAGGUCUCAUUGAUACUGCCGUCAAGACAGCCGAAACUGGUUAUAUCCAGCGUAAGUUGGUCAAGGCCUUGGAAGAAGUUAUGGUCAAAUACGAUGGCACCUUCAUCUAUGGUGAGGAUGGCCUAGAUGGUGCCCACAUUGAGAACCAACGAGUUGACAUCAUUCGAUGCUCCGACGAGAAAAUGAGAGAGCGUUUCCGUGUUGAUGUGAUGGACCCCGAGCGUAGCCUCGGACCUGAAGUCUUGGAGCAAGCUAAUGAAAUUGCGGGUGAUAUGGAAGUUCAGAAGUACCUGGAUGAGGAAUGGGAGGCUCUUAUCGAGUCUCGCAACUUCCUUCGCACUGUUGCCAAGGAAGACGAGGAGAUGAUGCAACUUCCCAUCAACAUCCAGCGAAUCCUGGAAAUGGCACGCACUACUUUCCGAAUCCGCGAAGGUACCAUCAGUGAUUUGCACCCUGCUGAAGUCGUUCCUCAAGUGCAGGCGCUCCUCGACCGACUCAUUGUUGUUCGCGGAGAUGACGAUAUCUCUCGCGAGGCGCAAGACAAUGCUACCCUGCUCUUCAAGGCUCAACUGCGCAGCCGUCUCGCCUUCCGCCGACUAGUGACGGACUAUUCGCUCAACAAGCUUGCAUUCCAACACGUUAUCGGUGCCAUUGAGAACAGAUUUGCUCGUGCGGGCGCCAAUCCCGGUGAAAUGGUUGGAGUUCUUGCAGCUCAGUCCAUUGGUGAGCCUGCUACCCAGAUGACUCUCAACACCUUCCAUUUUGCUGGUGUGUCAUCCAAGAACGUCACUCUCGGUGUGCCUCGUCUCAAGGAGAUUCUCAAUGUUGCCACAAAUAUCAAGACGCCUUCUAUGACUGUCUACCAAAUCGGAGACAAGACAUAUGACAAGGAGGGAGCCAAACAAUUGCGAAGCGUUGUGGAGCACACUAGUCUGCGGUCUGUUACCGAGGCUACUGAGAUCUAUUACGAUCCCGAUAUUCAGUCUACUGUCAUUGAAAACGAUCGGGAUAUGGUCGAGUCCUACUUCAUUAUCCCAGAGGAUGUUGGCGAUGACACCAAUCUCCAAUCGAAGUGGCUGCUUCGUAUCGUCCUCAGUCGCCCCAAGCUUCUUGACAAGGGUCUUACCGUUCAGGACGUCGCCAGUAAGAUCAAGCAGGCUUAUCCUCGCGAUAUUGCAGUUCUUUUCAGUGACAACAACGCCGAUGAGCAGGUCAUCCGUAUUCGUCAGAUCCAGGAUGGCAAGGAUGAUGAAGACGAUGAUGUCGAGUACGACGUUACAUUGAAGAAGCUUGAGCAGCAUCUUCUUGACACCCUGACCCUUCGUGGUGUUCCCGGCGUUGAGCGUGCUUUCAUCAACGAGAAGAGCAAAGUUCGUAUCUUGGACGAUGGCACUUUGCACACGAGCAAGUCGGACCCUCUUUGCAAGGAGUGGGUUCUCGAGACCAGCGGCUCGUCUCUUGCACCCGUCCUUUCUCUUCCGGGCGUUGACGCUACUCGUACCUACUCGAACCAGUUUAUCGAAAUUUUCGAGGUCUUCGGUAUUGAGGCCGCUCGUACCGCUUUGCUCCGUGAGUUGACACAAGUGCUGGCUUUCGAUGGUUCCUAUGUCAACCACCGUCACUUGGCCCUGCUGGUCGAUGUAAUGACUGUUCGCGGCUACCUGACCCCUGUUACUCGUCACGGUAUCAACCGUGCCGACAAUGGUGCGCUCAUGCGUUGUUCUUUCGAGGAGACUGUGGAAAUUCUUCUCGAAGCUGCUGCCUUCGGAGAACUUGACGAUUGCCGCGGUGUUUCUGAGAAUCUGAUUCUUGGACAGAUGGCCCCCGCUGGAACGGGAGAGUUUGAUGUCUACCUGGAUCAGACUUUGCUCAACACAGUCGUGUCGAACAAUGCCCGCUUCGGACUCAUGAACACUGGUGGUGCCAAGGACGCAAUGAUUCCGGAUGGUGCUGCCACCCAGUAUGACAGCGCCUCGCCCUUGUCUAGCACUCCUUACAUGGUUGAUGGCGAUCCCGAUGCCAGUUUCUCUCCUAUCCGACAGCCUGGUUCGGAAUCUCCUGGCUUCCACAACUACCAAUCCGAUCCUCUCAGUGGAUUCACCAGUCCUGCAGCUCGCAGCCCCGCGGGCUACUCUCCCAGCAGCCCGUUCAACACCAGCCCAACGUCUCCUGGCUACUCUCCAUCGUCAAGCUACUCCCCUACCUCCCCGGGUAUGGGUAUGGGUAUGGGUAUGACAAGCCCUGGAUUCUCUGCCACCAGUCCCGGAUUCUCGCCCACAAGUCCGUCGUUUGCUCCUACAUCCCCAGCGUACUCGCCGACCUCGCCUGCCUAUGGUCAAGCAUCGCCGACUUCGCCGUCGUACUCACCUACGUCGCCUGGGUUCUCGCCAACCUCGCCCAAUUACAGCCCGACGUCACCUAGCUUCAGCCCGGCCUCUCCUGCCUUCAGCCCGACGUCUCCCAGCUACAGUCCUACCAGCCCUGCGCUUGGUGGUGGGCGACACCUGUCCCCCACCUCCCCGACAUCCCCCAAGUACACACCCACCUCGCCUGGAUGGUCUCCCACGAGCCCCCAGUCGUACUCGCCGACGUCCCCUAACUUCUCUGGCUCGCCGACGUCUCCGGGCUACAGCCCAACUUCUCCGGCUUACAGUCCAACGUCUCCUCGCCAGUGA